AUGGAAAAAAUUCAUGUCCAGAGCUUGGCUUAUGUGCAUUACCAGCAUCCUGAUCUGGAGCAGGCACUAAGGUUUCUGUCUGAUUUUGGACUCGUGGAAGCUCAGCGCGACGGUGGAAAGGUAUUUCUACGCGGCUAUGGGGUUGACCCAUACUGUUACAUCGCCGAGACAUCGCCUGAUGGCGCCCGACAUUUCAAAGGCGCAUAUUUCAGAGCACAGGACUUGCAACAGUUGCACAAAGCAGCGUCUCUCUAUGGUGGAUCACCUGUAUGCGAGAACUACGGCCCAGGGGGCGGUCAAGUUGUCACAUUGACAGAUCCAAAUGGGAUAAGCGUCGGUGUGAUAGCAGGCCAAGCACUGCGCAACAUCAAUGCACGGGAUGAAGAGGCUGGGACACUCGAAUUAACACCCCAGGUGGCAAAUAGCGUAAUCCAAAAGCCUAGAAAAGGUGAUACGCGUCGUUUCAAACUUGGCGCCAGCCCAGUUCACAAAUUUGGUCACUACGGCAUCAAUGUCCCUAUCGUCAAAUAUAAGGAGACACUUGAAUGGUACACUACAGUAUUUAACUUGAGCCCGACAGACUGCAUAUACGAUCCAGUUAGUGGAGAAGACACUACGUGUUUUACCCAUAUUGACCUGGGAAGCGAGUUCACUGACCACCACAGCUUUUUUGUAGCUGGGAAGAAGGAUGCCACAAAGGCUUACGUUCAUCAUUCAAGCUUUGAAGUCAAUGAUUUUGACACUCAGACACUUGGACACGACUGGCUCAUGAAAAAUGGCUGGACGAAUUGUUGGGGUAUUGGAAGACAUGUGCUUGGCAGUCAGAUAUUUGAUUACUGGUACAAUAUCCCAUUCAUGUUUGACCCGUCUGGGAAUGUGGUGGAACAUUACUCUGAUGGCGACUUGGUCAACAAAGGCUCCUCUGUCGCAAGAGAGCCUGCAGCGCCUAGCAGUCUUUAUGUCUGGGGUCCAAAUCUGCCGUUAGCAUUCAUGUCCGGAAAGAUGGAAGAUGCCGGCAAGGUAUUAGUAGCUCCUCCAGAUGCAUCAAACGCCAAGGCAGCUCACUACCAGACGAAGUCUACAGCAGCAUAG